AUGACUCUUUUUCCUCGCUUCCAUCUGUUUGAGAUAGAAGAUCAGUCCUGGUGUCCUGAAUUUGUGGUAAAAUUCAUUCAAACCUAUUUGACUGCACUCUGGAAUUUCCGCAUUCCUGCCGUGAGACACACUGCCGCCGAGGCUGCUGCAAAUAUCAUCCUUGAGAACCUCCCGGACGCUUCUUUAUAUACUUUUGUCGACCCCUGUGCCGGAGCGGGGGGUCCUAUCCCGGCCAUUGAGAAAGCUCUUGGAACCGAAUACCGUCAUUCGGUGCAAUUCAUCUUGGCUGAUAUCAAGCCCCGUGUGGAGGAAUGGAAGGCUAUUAAGAAAGAGCAGAAAAAUAUUUCCUUUAUCCAGGACUCUGUCGAUGCGGCAGAGCUGGGAAAAGUUACAUCUGGCAAGGAGUGCCGGAUAUUUAACAUUUCGUUUCAUCAUUUCAAUGAUGCUUCCGCCAAAAAGGUUUUGCACAGUGCGAUGCAGUUUACAGAUGCAUAUAUAAUUUUCGAGUUCCUCCAAAGAGAUCUUACCACGUUCUUGUUCUGGUGUGUGACUACUAUUUCUCCACUACCCUUCGUGCACGCACUACUCCAGGGAUCGCUCUUGCAAAUGUGCUUUAUGUUUGUGAUCUGGGUGGCCCUGGGCAUUGAUGGUUUUGUGUCAAUGCUUCGCACACGAACGCACGAAGAAAUCAAGAAUCUUACUAGGGCUGCUGAAGGUAUUUCUGAAGGAUGGGUCUUUAAACACGGCAGGUCACGAAUUUUUGGACCAUGGUAUAUACAUUGGCAUUUGGCCUUCAGAACUCUUGACAGAAAGGCAAAUAAUGGUGAAGAAGCUAUGGUUUCGCCCCUUCGAGCUUAA